ACGUAGUUGAACUAACUUGAGUAUUCCGUCAACAGUCAAACAGUUCGGAUCUUCGAAUUCAAUCUACUAGUGAUAAUCCACAAACAAAAACAAAAAAAGGACAUUUAUCCCGUCGUGAAAUAUCCCGCAAUUGAGGAAUUAAUCGGAAUUUUAAUAAUCAACUAAAGUGCAUUAUAAUUUUUUAAAAAAAUGUGCAUAAGUGACUCAAACUGAAAAAAAUAAUUAAAUUUAUUUAAGAAAUAAGUGUGCAAUAUUUAGAUAUUUCUAAAUAUUUUGUGUGCAUUAUAUUUGAAAAGGAUUUUUUGUAAAAGGAUAACAUAAAGAAUUAAAUUUCAAAACAUCCAAAAUGGGAGCCGAAGCAGAAUCUCUAUUAGUCAAUCGACAUCGUACAAAACUCGAUACAGAUGUCAUAAUCAAGAAGAAUUUCUCUGAUGAGGAAACUGAUCACAAAAAACAUUCAUCUGUUGAUUAUCUUCAAGAACGGAUAGCAAUUGAACGUGUUCCAGAUACAGAUAAUAAUGGCAAUGAUGACAAUGGAAACCAUUCGAAUAAUUCAACAAAUGAUACGACAAACAAAACAAAAGUUAUCCUUGAUAAAAGCAAUCUAUUACCCGCUGAUAUAGGAACAGAUUUCAAUUUCAAAAGAAAGAUAGUCUGGAAAAAUGCUAUUGGAUUUCUUUUUUUACAUUUACUAGCUGUGUAUGGUUUGAUAAUACAACUUUUAGGAUAUGCUGAUUUUCGAACUAUUUUGUAUACUACUUUUUUGAUUAUUGCAAGCGGUAUGGGUGUUACAAUGGGAGCGCAUAGAUUAUUUACACAUCGGUCAUUCAAAGCAAAGACCUGGGUUCGAGUUCUUCUAUUGUGGAUGCAUACUAUGGCCGGCCAGAACUGCAUGUACGUUUGGGUACGUGACCAUAGACAACAUCAUAAAUAUUCAGACACUGAUGCCGAUCCACAUAAUGCUUCGCGUGGAUUCUUCUUUUCUCAUGUUGGGUGGUUGAUGUCCAAGAAACAUCCAUUGGUUAUUGAGUACGGAAAGAAAAUCGAUAUGUCAGACAUGGAAGCUGAUCCCUGGAUUAUGUUCCAAAAAAAAUACUACAAAACCAUGUAUUUGAUUUUCACCGUUCUCAUCCCGACCUCGAUUCCGAUUAUAUUCUGGAAUGAAAGCUACCUCGUGUCCCUAUUCACAACUUACUUCUACCGAACUGUUGUCCAAUUGAACUUCACCUGGUGCGUCAACAGCGUUGCCCAUAUUUUCGGGAAUAAGCCAUAUGAUAAAAACAUGCUUCCAGUUGAAUCCCGAGCUGUAGCCAUUAUGGCAGCUGGCGAAGGAUGGCACAACUUCCAUCACUCCUUCCCAUGGGACUACCGUGCAGCUGAAUUGGGAAUGCCCCACAAUUUGACCACGACCCUUAUCGAUCUGCUUGCCAAAUAUGGACAAAUCUACGACCGUAAAUUCGUGAGUGAUGAAGUCAUCCGUAAACGUUGCCUGCGAACUGGCGAUGGAUCUCAUCAUAAACACGGUAGAAUGCCAGAGGAGAUUCCCGAAGGAGAGCUGAUCCUGCGCAAGUACAUUGUUGAGAAGCAAAAGCUCGAUCAGUUCCGUAAUCAUUUGGAGAACUACGCGAAGGAAGAUGAUCUCAAUAAUAACAAUAAUAAUAAUGGCAAGGAUAAGCUACAGGUGAAGCAACCUUGCGCCGAUAGUAACAAUAGUUGUAAUAAGGACUUAGUGUGUAAGUUGAAGGAUAAACAGGCGCUGAAUGCCUGCAGUGCCUAAGUCACACGCGUACCUGUACUGAACGAUGGGGUUUGUUCUGCUGUAGUUCCAUUGUCUCAUUUUGUACAAUAUUUAGGGAUUAAUAUUAUUAUUGUAGUUUUAUUCCAAGUGAUUGUUUAAUAGUAGGCCUAGAAAACUAUUAUUAUUAUUAAUAUAAUUAAAUUGUUUGUGGUUGUUGAUUGCGCUUUAUAUCACUAUGUAGAUAUGGCUAGUGUUCGUAUUUACGAGCAUAUUUUAUAAAAAUCAUAUAAAAUAAACAAAAAUAAUAUUUGAAUGGUAUGGAAAA